AUGGAGACAUCGUUUGCGCUCACCGGCAAAGGCUACGUUAUCAUCGCCUCGGAUACCACCGCCGCGCGGUCCAUCGUCAAGAUGAAGAUCGACGAAGAUAAAGUCAAAGCACUCGGACCCCAUCUCCUCAUGGCUCACUCUGGCGAACCAGGCGACACUCUUCAAUUUGCAGAAUAUGUCGAGCGCAACAUCCGCCUGUACAACAUUCGGCACAACUACUCGCUGAGUCCAUCAGCAGCCGCGUCCUGGGUGCGCAGAUCCCUCGCAGAGUCUCUCCGCUCGCGCCACCCGUACUCGGUCAACUUGCUACUCGGAGGGUACGACGUCCCGGCGAAGGAGCCCCAUCUCUAUUGGAUAGACUACUUGGGCACGAUGUCGGAGGUGCCAUUCGGCGCACAUGGGUAUGGGAGCUAUUUUGCACUGAGUUUGUUGGAUCGGUAUCAUAACCCGGACGCCUCACUCGAAGAGGGGAUAGCGACGCUCAAGCGCUGCAUAGACGAAGUCGCCAAGCGUCUAAUCGUCAGUCCGAGCAAAUACACCGUCAAAGUCGUGGACAAGGAUGGCGUAAGAGAGAUCGAGGUGUAG